UAAAAGCUAGAGCAAGAGGUUUGUUCUUGUGAGCUUAUUGAAGACGAGUGUCUUGUUAGUGCAGCUCGUGCUUCUCUUUAGUGAGAUUAGAAAUUGGUCUGUAUCUAGUCGUGUGAGAUUGAGUGUAAUUCGGAUUAAACAGAUCUAGGAAGAUUGUUUAACAGAUUUCUAAUAUACAAGAAAGCGUUCUUGGUAUCUCGUGUUUUGUUCGUAGUCUCUGAACUUACAAGCCCUACGUGCCACCCACUUCUUUUUUGGUUUAUACGUACACGUUUAUUUAAUUUCGGUCAUAUUGUUUUUUCCUCUUUGGUUGGUUGACCUGAGAACUCAAAAGCGGCGUCCAGCGAUGCUACCACCGGAGAAUCUUCCAAUCACGGCGGAAGAGAGGCAUCAUUCUUUCGGUGAGGUUAUCUCUCUUUCGGUGCAAAAUCUAAUUGCGUUUGUUUCUAGUCAACGUCCAUGGUUGGAGUUUCUAGCAUUAGGUUCUAUGGACCUUCCUACCUCUUUCUCUUCCGCCGUCUCGCGCUCAAAAGUCAACCUCCGCCAUUUCGUGGUUAACUACUCUCUCAUGACCGCGGCUUCGAUCACACUCUUCUUGGUUAGUAAUCCGACGGCUCUUGUCACCGUUGCCACUUUUGCUAUCUUGUGGUUGCUCUUAUGCUUUUGUAGGGACCAUCCUUUGGUCUUGUACGGUCGACAAGUUAGUGACAAAGUGAUCUUCUUUGGAUUGAUCGUUGGCUCCUUCUGGGGAUUGUGGCUCACGCAUUGCUUCUUGAGUCUGGUUCUUGGGGUCUUGACAGGUGUCUUGCUUUGUUUGGUACAUGCCGUCCUACGUAAUCCAGAUGACCUCUUUGUACAAGAAGAGGAAGUUGUUGUUCCUUCCAAUUUUCUUCAUUGGAGCUAAAAAACUUUGUGCUUAUGUUUUCACUUUUGUACUACGUAUGUUUUGACCUUUGCGGUGUGUAUAACUGUAAGCUAUCUGAUCAUAUGAAAUAAACCAUAAUUUCUAUGGAUAACCAUAACAUACAAUUUCAAACCAAAGAUGUUUCACUUCAUCUUGACAUAAUAGUUCAAUCAACUAUAAAAGCUUAUAGAAAAAUUAUAUGUGCUGUUGUUGUAGGACUACAUGCACUCGGGAAAAGGCCUUGGUAAUACUGUUCAACUAGAAAAUUAUGCAUGGAUCCAUUAAUUAGGAUUGCACUAAGCUUGAAAGAUCACCAUCCUCUAUAUUGGCUUGAGGCUUUCACAGUUAUGCUUCUCUUGUGUAACGUUUCAUAGCAUAGCACCAUAUCCUCAUACAUCCAUUAACUAGUCAUCCGCAAUGUAUAUAAUCUAUUAAUUUAAGGGGAAAUUACAUAUUUACCAGUGUUUUUAAAACCGGACCGACCCGAUGGUUGGACCGGGUUCGACCAUGAACCUGUUAUAUAGCCGGAUUGGUCUAGUAAUUGGUUCGACCAUGAACCGGCCACAUAGCCGGAUUAUAUUUCAAAGUUAUUAAACCAAUAAAAACCACUAAAACUAUCAAAAAUCUAUAAAUCAUCCAUAUAAACAAGAAACUAAUUUAUUUUUAUAAUAUUUUAUGUUCAAAAUUGAUUUAUAUUUUAACUACGCAUCAUGUUUACUAUACUUUUAUAUUUAGAUACUAAAAAAUAUUAAACUAUAUUAUUGAACCAGGUUUGACCCGGUCGAACCAUAUUAAACCGUGACCCAAAAUAUUUCCGGUUCAGCUUCCGGUCCGGAUUUAAAAACACUGAUAUUUACCACUUUCAUGCUAUCACUUUUCAUUUUUGCCACCACUAGAAUGACAUUUAAAAAAAUACCUUCUUCAUUAAGUGACAAAAGACUUUUAUGCCCAUGUUCUUUAUAUAAAUAAUAAAUAAAUAUUUAAAUAAAUAAAAAUCUAAAAAAAUAAAAAAUAAU